AUGUACAAAACCAACUACGAACUAUAUAGCAGCCGCGAGAGCCUGGGCAGUCGGCGCUCACCACUUCCCGAGGAACUCUUGUCUCCCCUUGCCGAGCUGUAUCCACAUGUCGCCGCCCUGCAGCCGCGAUACCCUCACCCGAACCACUGUACCUUUACGGGCUAUCAAGACACGGAAUAUUGGGCUUCUGCCUACACCACCCAGUCAGAAAAGGGAAGCUUUCAGUCUGCGCGAUCCGAAUCUUCUUGUCGUAUUGUCUCAAAACUGUCCAAACUGCGUCGAUUCUUGAGCCGCGACGACUUGUCUCGACGUCGAUCAAAGGCCUCGUCGGCCACGAAUUAA